CUCGUCUUGAAUUCUUCUACCAAGUCUUAAUUUACACACACCCACAACCCUAUAUACCUGUCGUUGUCUUCCACAACAAUGUCUGACACGGCUAAACCUGAUCCCUCCGCCGAGCAGACCGCCGCACCGGGCGCAACCCUCUCCAAGGACGAGACCGCGAAGGUAACUUCCGAUGUUACUGACGCGCCUAAGCCCGCGGAAGAGAAACCGGCCGCCUCAGCCGCUGAGACCGUCACCAACGCCGCGUCAACGGCUGCCUCGGCCGUCAAGGACAAUGUGUUCUCAAUGUUUGGUGGUGGUCCCAAGAAGGAAAAGAAGGAAGAGGCAGAUGACGUCGACGAGCCCUCAGGCGCUUCCAAGCCAAAGGCUGCAGACGACGAGAACCCCGAGAACGAGGAGCCCGACGUCGAGUUCAAGCCAAUCGUCCACCUCACCGAAAAGGUCGAUGUCAAGACCAACGAGGAGCUCGAGGAGCAGACGUUCAAGAUGCGCGCGAAGCUGUUCAAGUUCGACAGGGAGUCGCGGGAGUGGAAGGAGCGGGGCACUGGCGACGUCCGGUUACUGAAGCACAAGGAGAACGGCAAGACUCGUCUCGUUAUGCGACGCGACAAGACGCUUAAGGUCUGCGCCAACCACUACGUUGUCCCGGACAUGAAGCUGUCGCCCAACGUAGGCAGCGACCGCAGCUGGGUUUGGAACGCGGCCGCCGACGUCAGCGAAGGCGAGCCCGAAGCUCAGACGCUCGCCAUCCGUUUCGCCAACAGCGAGAAUGCCAACCUUUUCAAGGAGGCCUUCAUCAAGGCCCAGCAGGAGAACGAGGCACUCUUUAAGGCUUCGGAGUAAGGGUAUAUAGCGUGUGGUGGACAGAGGGAUGCCAUGGACGCAAAACAUGGAAUGGAUGCACGACAGCGAUGAAUUUUGGACUAGUAGCAUAGCCCAUAACCCGGCGGUAGAGAUGCCCACACCCUGCACAUAGAUAGUAUCUAAAGUGGCCUUGCGCUAGAGCAAAGGCCUCCCCCAAAUAUGGUGCGCUACGAUAGCCGUUGGAAGUGAUGCGGUCGCAAUAAGCUUCGCCUUCGCUCAUGGCUUGGCAGUGAAAGAAACUGCU